UCUAGGAGCAAAUGCCUAGACCAAAAAUUCCAUAGACAUCAACAGUUACAGAAACAAGAGGGGACAAAAGUGGCAAAAUUCCGAGGACUAGAAUAGCCAUUUAACACAAACACAAGGACCAAUAAUUACAAAGGCAGAACCGAAGCAAUUUGAACUCCCCCACUUCUCUUGGUUGGUGCACUGUUCUGUUCGUCUCCUGCAGAGCAGUCAGUCGUUGAAAAUCAUCAUCAUCAUCAUCACCAAGCUCUGAUUUUUUGUUGUCUCGAAUUUAAUUUCUUCUUCGACUGAACUAGAGAGGAGAAUUAAAUCAAUGGCUGACACACCUAAUUCUAGUGAUGAAGACCUCAAGAAACAUUUGAUGAAGGUUUAUGAGGAUGUGACCAAAGACUCUGAGGAUAAGGAAUCGAGAAAAAUAUUUGAUUGGAUUGUGGACUACGAUGCCCUUAAUGCAAAUACGAUUCAUAUGUUCAGUUCUCUGGCAGAUUGAGCGAGAGAGCUCUUUAAGCCUCACUCUGAGCAGACCACACUGCCGGAAGUGGCUGUCUUCACCAUGGUGAUUAUGGCCUAUGCCGGCAAUGGCAAGACCAAGGAUGCUCACAAGGUCUACCAGCAGAUGAUAGCCUCCAGUGUCACCCCCACCACCUACACUUACACAGUACUCAUCUGCGGAUUUGCAAAAGACUUUUCGGAUUCUAGUUUUGUUGGGUAUGCCAAGAAGUAUUUCCUUGAAAUGUUGGAUAGGGGGAUGAAGCCCCAAUAUCAACCCUACAUGUAUGUUAUGGACGCCAUUGCCUACCGAGAGCCAGUGGAGGAGGUCAAGAAGUUCCUUGAGCAGAUAAAAGCUAAGGGGUUCAUCCCUGAAAUCGAUGGUUUUCAAUACAAAGACGACCACCUCACAGAAGCACUGCAGGAAAUGAAAACGUAUGUUGAUCUUGUCAACAAGAACAUCACUGACAAGGCUGUUCAAAAAUUGUUCUGCGAGUCACGCACCUGCCCCUGGAUAGAACGGUCGAUGGAGAUGCACAAGGCUUUGGUAGAGGAUGGAAAUGGGCAUGAGGCCAUCGAGUUCUAUCAAACCAUUCAACAGACAGCCGUAGAGCCAUUGGUCCAAAUCCACACCUCUGUUAUGAAAGCCUACCUCAAGUUGGGCAAGACCAAGGGUGCUCUGGAGGCGUAUCUGGCCAUGGGUCGCCCCCAACUCCUACAGGCUACACUUACACUGUUGUAAUCAAGGGACUCAGUGCUGACCCGGACUUCUUUGGAGAUGCCAAGAAGUACUUGCUUGAGAUGAUGGACAAGGGGAAGCAGCCUAAUGUUGCUACCUAUACUGCGGUGAUAGAAGGCUUUGUGCUUUGGGAGGAAACGACAGCUGAAGAGAAGGGCAAAGAGUUUGUGGAGGUGAUGAUGGGUAAGGGUUUUGUGCCUAAUGCGAAGGCUAUGAUGAAGGUUUUAAAAGGCAGACCAAAACUGGUAAUUAGAAGGGUCAUGAACAUUGUACUUUCCAAGUUGAAGAGCUGAUGCUUUGCUUUAUUGUGGUUAUGCUAGCAGCUUCGGGAUUAGGUGGUUGGUUUAAUUAUGGGGAGGUAGUAGCUUCAGGAUUAUGAGAUCAUGUGGGAUUGGGUUUCAGUAGGGGACUUGGUUCGUUUCUCUAUCAUUUUGAAUGGGACAUUGGGGUAGCGUAAUGCUGAGAUUGAAUUAGAUAAUUAUGUAGGACCGGUUUUCAAUACCAGAUGUUGACCUCUCUGUUUGUUAAUGUUGAUAUUGAAGUAGUCUGUGGUGAUUAUCCUUUAGUUUCUGUUUCCUUUUUCGUGGUCUUGUGCGUUCACUUUUAGACACCUGAAAUU